GUUUUGUUUUGGUUAUGUUACGCUGCGACUGGAUCGUCAGACCGACGUUUUUCGGGUUCAGGUCAGGGCAAAGCGUGCUGUAGUAACGUCUUAGUUCAUCUGAAAGCCGUUUUCUAAGAACAAGUGACUUAUACGACUUAUAUUUUGUUAUUUUUUUGGCUUUAAUACCCUUCAACAUCAUGUUUUUCCAUCCAGGAGCUCCACUUUAAAAGCGGCGAAGCGGCGCAGUGAAUUAUGAAUCUGCAAUGAAAGACUCAGGAGAACCUUUGGGUCUCUUUCCGGGGCGCUUCCAGCCUCCCGGGGGUUAAGAAAGGAUUGCUGUAAAUCCCUGACUUUCUCGGGGAAGCGCCUGGAGAACCUGGAAGCCAUGGCUCAUCUGGAGCAGACCGAUCUGUCAUAUGCGUGGGAAAAGUAUAUGGACUGUAGGCUGCAGGGAGCAGAUCUGCAGAUCAGCCUUCAGAGUCUGGAGAAUUUCCUCUGUCUCUUCCACUACGUGCAACACCACCCCAAUAACAGCACCAAAGAUGCUCUGAAAUUCUGCUCCGAUAUGAGUGGGGCCAGUAACACCCUGGCCAGAGAGUUUCUGACAGAUGUACACCAGCUAUGCAGUGCGGUGGCCCAGAGAGCCGAGGCGCGGGAUGAAGAUGAGGAGGAGAGUCACAUGGUGGCACUGGGCGAGUACCUGGUCAGGGGGCGGGGCUUCCUGCUGCUCAGCACUCUGGACGCCAUCAUUGAUCAGGAGCUGACUUGUCGGGAAGAGCUGCUAACUCUGCUGCUGUCAUUGCUGCCUCUGGUCUGGAAGAUUCCUGUGCAAGAGGAAAAAGCUCCAGAUUUCAACCUGCCAUCCCUACUUGAAGCAUUCCUUAGCCGGGAGGUGAAGGCCGUCCCACUCAGGACGGGACAGAAGGCUGCAUCUGAUGAGCAGAGUUCUGGGAAGAGGUCCCGCGUUGGCAGUGGCACCUGGAAAUCACGGAGAUCACGCAGAACGUCACAGAGAUACUCUGUGAAAGAUGCUCGCAAGUCCCAGGUCUCCACCUCAGAUUCAGAAGCCAACUCUGAAGACAGAGCUGUUGGGGGCUCAAGGAACCGAAGACCACACGGUUCCACCAUCCAAGUGAGCUGCCAGCAUCACCGCUCUGAGGCUUCGCAGUUGAUGUCUACGGCCACCAACACUACAGAAACCAUGAGUGCACCAUAUCCCCACCCCAGAGCCCCUGGGUCUCAGAUGGUAGACCACAAAACCUUGACUGACCCGGCUGCAAUAUCCAUCUUCAACCGCAUGGAGAACUCUCCUUUUGAUCUUUGUCAUGUGUUGCUUUCCCUGUUGGAGAAGGUGUGUAAGUUUGACAUGAGCAUCAAUCACAACCCCGGUCUGGCCAUCAGCGUCGUACCGACCCUCACGGAGAUCUUGACUGAGUUUGGAGACUGCUGUGGUCUGGGGGGAGGAGGAGGGAUGGGAGCAGAGGAACUUGCUGGAGGCUGGACGGAGGAACCAAUCGCAUUGGUUCAGAGGAUGCUGCUACGCACCAUCUUACAUUUGAUGUCUGUGGAUAUAAGCCAGAGCGACAGACUUCCAGACAGCCUGAGGCGAAGUUUGACAGACUUGCUGCGAGCAACUCUCAAAAUCCGAAGCUGUUUGGAGAGGCAGAAUAAUCCUUUUGCUCCGCGGUCAAAAAAGACCCUACAGGAGGUCCAGGAUGAUUUUUCUUUUUCCCGUUAUCGCCACAGGGCUCUACUACUUCCUGAGCUUUUAGAGGGAGUAUUACAAGUUCUCCUGAGUUGCCUCCAGGCUUCAACGCCCAACCCUUUUUUCUUUAGCCAGGCUCUGGAGCUCAUCCAUGAAUUUGUCAUGCACCGUGGCCUCGAGCUCUUUGAAGCCACGGUUCUGCGGCUGGAGGGACUUGGCAGGGCCAGCUCUGACCUAGGCAGAGAGACGUCGGAGCGGAUACGCGGUCUCAUUGCAGGGGUCUUCAAAAUAAUCAGCGCUAUUAAGAAAGCCAAGUCGGAACAGCUUCAUCAAUCGGUUUGUGCUCGGCGCCGGCACCGUCGCUGCGAGUAUUCCCACUUCCUCCAUCACCACAGAGACAUGUCUGGCUUGCCUGUCUCUGCUUUCAUGCAAACCGGAAGAAGCAACCCCUUUGAGGAGGAUGUGGAAGGCUCAGAAGAAUCUGAGGGAGACAACGUGCGUUACCCUGAGAGAUGCUGCUGCCUGGCUGCCUGUGCCCACCAAUGUCUCAGGCUCCUGCAGCGCCUCUCGCCCAGUGGGCCGUCUGUGCUGCAGGUAUUAGCUGGGAUUCAAGCUGUUGGAAUCUGCUGUUGCAUGAACCCUCGCUCAGUUGUAGGACCCCUUUUACAUGCUUUCCGAGCUCCAGGUCUCCGUAGUUACCAGUCCCAUGUGCUCAGUGUGCUAAGUCGGCUGAUUUUAGAUCAGCUUGGUGGGGGUCAGCCAUCCGAGAAAGCUAAACUGGCCUCUUGUAACAUCUGUACUCUGGACAGCAGCCAACUUCCAAGUCUGGAGGAGACAUUGCAACAAGGAGAACCUGCAAAUAUUUCUACCAGUUUAUGUUACCGCUCCCAAGGUAUCCUGCCUAGCGGAGGAGGGGCUGAGGACAUGCUCUGGAAGUGGGAUGCUCUGGAGGCUUACCAGGAGCUAGUAUUUGGUGAGGACUGGCAGCUGAGCCAGCAGAUAGCCGGCCAUGUGUGCCAUGUAACACUACGUGGCAAUACUGUAGUACAGUGGCAACUCUACACACACAUCUUCAACCCCGUUCUGCAAAGAGGGGUGGAGUUGGUCCACCAUGCUCAGCAGCUGGGGGUUUCUACUGUCUGCACUCAGGUCUGCAGCUACCACACACAGUGCCUGCCUGUGGAGGUCCUACUCAUCUACCUGCAAACAUUACCAGCACUUCUCAAGUCAAGAGUGGUGCAAGACCUUUUCAUCAGCUGUAACGGGCUCAACCAGGUGACAGAGCUCGUCUACCUCGACCAGACUCGCUCUUUGGCCUUGAAGGUGUUUGAAACUCUGAUCAUAGGAGUUGGACAUCAGCAGAGUGACGGGCUUCUUCAUGAGCUGGAGCGUGCCGACACCAAAGAAAGGGAGGCCAUCCUCGGCCUGGCUGAGGAGCUGGGGUCACGAGGGGUAGGAGAAGGCCCACAGAGCCUUAGCAAGUUCUACGAAGGCCUAAAGGAAGUGUAUCCACGUCACAAAAGCCGAACUGGACAGAACCAUGGACCAAGGAGAAGCAGAACGGAGACCCACCUGCAUGUGAUCAACCUGUUCCUCUGUGUGGCCUUCCUCUGUGUCAGCAAAGAGGCAGAUUCUGACCGGGACUCUGCCAACGACUCUGAGGACACUUCAGGUUACGACAGUACAGCGAGCGAACCUCUAGGGGGCCGCCUGCCAUAUCUGUCCCCAGACAGCGUGGCGUUGCCCUCUAAAGAACAGCUACGACGAGCCGCGGACGUCUGGUCUGUGUGCCGCUUCAUCUACAUGGCCAGCCCUCUUUUCCAAAGGCAGUUCUUCAGCCUCGGAGGACUAGAUGUGUGCCUGCGCCUCAUGGCCAUGGUCAUCCAGAAACUCUCGUGUAAGAGCAAGGAUGGAAAAACAAAGAAGAAGAGAGAGGGCAAAGGGAAAGGCAGCCCUGAGUCUGCAGUUUCUGCUGCUUCACUGGGAUCUGAAGAUCCUCCCUACGAAUCAGGAGAUUUUCACAGUUUGGGUCCGACUGAGGGGAAGACCAAAGAUCCAGGAAAGAGAUUUGAUGAUCAGUGGCAGCUUCAAAGUAUUCGUCUUCUUGAGGCCCUGCUGGCAAUUUGUCUGCACAGCGCUAACUCUGCCAUGCAAAGGACAGAACCGGAGCUUUCUUCUCAGCCUCAGUCUGUGGAGGAGACCCUGUUGGAGGUGAGAGACCAACUGUCUCGCUCAGGUGUGGUGAACUCUGACCUUGCCGUGCCUCUGUUCGACUCUCUGCUGCGAGUGGCCUUGGCUCAGGUGUCUUCAUGUACUGAUAUGCCCGAGGAGAAACCAGAGAGGAAGCUCCAGGUGUUUGCUGAGGGGGCGGCUCCAGCAGGAGAUCUGUCUGAGGAGGUGGAUGAGGUGCAGAGCUGCAGUGUCAGGCUGCCGGGGGAGGAGGAGGGCUACGACGCUGAUAGUGAAAGCAACCCGGAGACCAUGAAGCAGCAGGAAGAGGUAGGGAAGGUGGAGCCUGCAGGGUUGAGUGAGUUUGCGGCAGUGGCGGAGGAUGGGCCGGAGCGUGGCGUGCUGCUGUUCCCUGAGAUAUGCACCAUGGAGUUGCGGCUUCUUGCCUCCGGUUCGCCGGAACUGGAGGUUCUCAGUCACGUGUUUCACAGCCUCCUGGGCGCCGUGCAUGCCAACCGCCGCAACGCCGCCUUGCUCUACGACCAGGGAGGAGUCAAAACCAUCCUUUGUAGCUUUCACAACAUCCUCAGUCAAACAGAGCUGUCCUUUAAAGAUUGCCAGACGGUGCUGGUGGAGCUGCUGGUUGCCAUGGUGAGCCAGCGCAUUACGGCAGAGGAACUGGCCCUAUUGAUUCGCCUCUUCCUGGAGAAAACCCCACCUACAGCUAUAUUACUGAAGGGUAUCCUAGAAAUUGUCGAAGCCAACAUGGACAUGGAGCCUCUUCACUUCCUGACGUUUCCGAUACUCCAUGGGGUUUCAACACCUGGAGGCUCAUCUCCUGGCUCCAGGCAGAGCGGUGCCGCCGGAGGCAAAGCCGUCAGCUUGCUCUGGAAGGGGAAACUUUCUCCUGGUCGCCGGGAGGGGGAACCAGAGUAUCGACCAAGCCACCUCUGGUCUUCACCCUGGCACACGGCCCCUCUCCACCUACCUCUCGUGGGGCAGAACUGCUGGCCCCACAUGGCCCCCGGUUUCAGUGCCUCGAUGUGGCUGAGGGUGACGGAGCUGGAGGAGAAGAGCGACGACAAAGAAGAAAGCGUCUGUUCUGCAUCUGAGAUUCAUCAUGCUUCACCUCAGUCUGGAGCAAAGUCAGCAGAAGAAAACCUCGUUCAUGUUCUCUCCAUGGGCUCCAAGGCGCUGAUGCUUCAAGUGUGGGCAAACUUCUCCAAAGGCUCUCUCACUUUCAGGAUUUGCAUAGAUCCGAACGAUGACAUAAAAGCUGGGCUGUUGGCGCAGGUCGAGUCGGGCGAGGGAUUGUUCAGACGAGGGCAGUGGCAGCACCUCGGCCUCACGUACAGCCAGCAGCCAGAGGGCAAGAAGAACAUCCACGGCCGCGUUGUCGUGUGGGUUUGUGGCAUCUGGAAAUGUGAGGUUUCUCUGGAUUACACUCUCCCUCGCAAGUCCAGUUUAUCGUCUGACAGCAACAAAACCUUCUGCAUGUUGGGCCAUUGCACAGUUUCGUCAGAGGAGCUGGAGAAGGAGGCGGGACGCUGGAGCAUGGGCACUGUGCUUCUCUUUAAUGGGUCGAGGAUAGGAUCUGAGGAGGCCUUCUUCCUCUACUCCAGUGGACCAGACCUUACAUCAAUAAUGCCCUGUAAAUACGGCAAGUCGAGUGGCUCAAUCUCCAAGUUCGUCUCUCAGGAAGGCCUCAGGUGUGAACGUGUCCGAGAGAUUCUGAUGAAGAACAAGGACAUUGACACAACAGCACUGGUUGAGAGCUUGGCGAUAGUUUAUGCCCCCAGCAGUCCAAGAGUCUACACCAUAUAUGAGCCUGUGAUCAGGCUGAAAGGUCAGGCCAAGACGGUCGUCACCCAGCGGCCCUUCAGCUCCAAAGAGGUGCAGAGCAUCUCACUGGAUGCAAAUGCAUUUAGAUCUCUGCUUCCCAUCAAAACCCACGGCCUGCAGAGCGUCUUGCAUAAGAUUGGAGGGACGGGAAACUUUGUUUUCCUUUUUGCACAGACGGUGGAGCUGAGUGACUGCGAGAAGACCCAGGCUCUGGCCCUGCGAGUGCUACUGUCUCUCUGCAAGCACAACCAACACCGCAUCCAUGAAAUGGACUGUUACCAUGGUUACUCCAUGAUCCAUCAGGUCCUCAUCAAGUCCAAAUGCAUCGUAGGAUACCAUAUGCUGAAAACUCUGCUGGACGGCUGUUGCAGUGGACCGGUCCUCAUCCUGGGGGACAACGGCCAGUUUCGAUUGGACCCAGAGUCUGUGGCUGUUGUUCAGGAUAUCAGGCUGCUCUCUGACAUCCUGCUGGACUGGAAGAUUUGGGCGAAAGCUGAGUGUGGUGUGUGGGAAAAACUGCUUGCCGCUUUAGAGAUCCUCAUCAGGGUUCACCACCCACAUCAGGUCUACAACAUCCGCCAGUUCCUGAACGCUGAAGUCGUGCAUCGCUUCCUGCUCACCUGCCAGGUGUUGCAGCACCGGGACGACCAUCUAACGUCCAUACCUCAGGAAGUGUCUUUGUCCUUCAUCAAAAUCAUCCAGGAAGUGCUGGGCUCUCCUCCAGACAUGGAUCUGCUGAAGCUCAUCUGCAACUUCCUGCUGGCUGUUCACCCGCCCACCAACACCUACGUCUGUCACACUCCAUCCAGCUUCUACUUCUCGCUGCACAUCGACGGGAAGUUGUACCAGGAAAAGGUGCAGUCCAUUAUGUACUUGAGACGCUCCAACAGCGGAGGAAGGUCUGCCAGCAGCUCCGUCAUGUCUCUCUCUCCGACUGUUUUCCCUGACGGCCCCCAUGAAGCUCCUUCGCCUGAACAUGGAGGUGAUGAUCAGUCCUUACGGCCUCCCAGUGCGGCUCCGUCUCCGUACCCUUCACCUCUGGUGACGCCUCGCGUCGGCCACGGCAGCUCGAGCGACGCGGCCGAGGGCGACAACGCCUCCCUGGCCUCCCAGCAGGCUCUUGGCAGCACGGAGACUCUCAAGAAGGUCGGAGGUGACGAGCAGCUUCUGAGCAGCUGCGAGUCCGCCAAGACGAUCUGCGACGCGGGGGAGGGCGGCGCACCACGGACGCCGUCCAUCAGCGUGGAGGAAGAGCGGGACGAGUCGGCGGAAGUAGACAGUCUGGCGGAGGGCAGCGUGGGCGGGGUGGAAUCAGAGGACUGGGCCAGCGAGGAGGCACCGCGUCGCCCCGACAGCCUGAAGGGCAUCCAGUCCUUCCAGAGGAGCCACAGCAACCUGACCAGUCUGGGUCUGGCCUUCCCAUUCCCUAAUGGUUCGCUGGCGGUCGCCCGCUGGCCCAGUGCAGCUGACCGGGCUUCGAUGCCUGAAGACUGGGAAAGCUAUACAUACUCGCCUGGCUCCGACAGAACACACAGCAAGACGGAGGCCAAUGAUAGGUCCAGUACGGAGGACUGCUUGGUCCUGAUCUGCUGUGGUCUCUACGAUCUCCUGAGGGGUGUCCUGCUGCUGCUGCCCGACCUCAUGCUGGAGGAGGUCAUGGACAAGCUGAUCCAGCCAGAGGCACUCAUCGUAUUGGUCAAUCAUCCCUCACCGCUCAUCCAGCAAGGCGUCAUGAAGCUCCUGGACGCCUAUUUCAGCAGAGCUCUCAAAGAGCAGAAGGAGAAGUUCCUGAAGAACCACGGCUUCUCGCUGCUGGCCAACCAGCUGUACAUCCACCAGGGCAGCCAGGGGCUGCUGGAGUGCUUCCUGGAGAUGCUGUUUGGGCGGCCCAUGGGCCUCGAAGAAGAUCUUGACCUGGAGGAAAUGGAAAAUAUCUCACCUUUCAGAAGGCGCUGCAUAAUCCCGGUGUUGGGUCUUAUUGAGAACUCCCUUUAUGAGAACUCCUUGGUGCACAACAUCCUUUGUAUGCUGCUGCAGCUUGUCAAUGCCUGCCCCAAGCUGGCAGACAUCCUGCUGGACCACGGACUGCUCUACGUGCUCUUCAACACUCUUUCUACCCUGAACGGCAUGGAGAAUGGUAUCCCCCUGAAUGAUUACAAGCUCCUGGUGUGUGACAUCCAGCAGAUGUUAGUUGCUGUGACUAUCCACUCCUGCAGCUCCUCGGGGUCCCAGUACUUCCGCAUCAUCGAAGACCUCAUUACCCUGCUGGGUUUCAUGCAAACCAGCAAGAUGAGACGCACCCAGGAAAUGGCUGUGGCUUUGCAGUUCAGAGUCCUCCAGUCGGCCAUCGAGUUCAUAAAGACGACGGCCAACCAGGAGGCCUCGAAGCUGAGCAGUGCUGUUAACACGCCGACCUCUCCGCAUCACGCCAUCUAUCGGAAGCGUAAGAGCAUAGCAGGUUCCGUUGCCAUGAAAGACUCCAUUAUCCCCCGCAUCCCCAGACAGCACUACUCCUCCUAUGGCCAAAUCCCAAUGCCCUCCCCCUUCAGCUUCCUGUCCCAGGACUCCCCUCACCCCUCCCCUACUGGCACGCCGUCGUACAUGCUCCACUGUGAUGCAGGCUGGCGCCGGUUCUCUCUGGCCCAGACGGACUCUCUCCUGAUGCGGAUGCGCUCCGUCGCCAGCGACGAGCUCCACCAGAUGAUGCAGCGGAGGAUGAGCCAGGAAAACCCGAUCCGUGCCAGCGAGACUGAGUUUGUCCAACGGCUGCAGAGGCUUGUGGUUCUGGCCAUCAACAGACUGAUCUACUAUGACGUGAGUGAGGAUUUAUUCGACCUGCUGAACAUCCCGGACUCUCCGGACCACCACAUCUUCACGCCGGAUCUGGGGGAUCAAGUACACGACGAAAGCGGGUCGUGCUCCGUCCCACACUCUCCGACUCCUUUUAUCCUUCCACAUGCCAGCAAGAAGAGUUUGCAGAAGGACAUCCUGAAGCUCAUGAUGGACGGGAUCAAAAUCAGCAUGGGCAGCACGAGUCGUGGCGGAGCCCCAAACCAUCAGUGGCGGCGGAUCCUGUGGUCCUGCAGGGACACGUUCAGGGUGCAGAUAGGCCGGCUCUUGGUGCACACGCUCAGCCCUUCACUUCCACUACAGGACAGAAAGGAGGCACUUGAGUUUGUGUUUGAUCACAAGCAUAUAGAUAUCCUCAAGGAGAGCCUGAGCCCAGGACUAGAGCACGGGCCAAAACUGAGCUUGUACCUGUUCGAGAUGCUGCACGAUCACAAAGACGAACUGACGAAGGAGGAGCAAAGUGCUGUGGGUGUCUUCAUGACCUCUCUGAAGCUUUGUGGCCAUCGCUGCAUCCCACUCAACGCGCCGCACAAACACGACCUGCUCAAGGCAAUAAAGGAGGAAAAGAUGAAGUUUGAAGCAGAAGAGAAGACAAGCAAAGCUGCAUGGGAAAAGAAAGUGGCACACACGCAGAAAAACCUAAUUCAGAGGCUUGACGGAAAAUCCAAGGAUAUUUCCAAGAUUGCGGCUGACAUUACCCAAAAUGUGUCUCUACGGCAAGGCAUGGAGAGGAAGAAAGUCAUCCAGCACAUCAGGGGUUUGUACAAGACCGACCUGAGCGCCAGUCGCCACUGGCAGGAGCUGGUGCAGCAGCUCACACACGACCGAGCCGUUUGGUAUGACCAGACAUCUUACCCGACGUCGUGGCAGCUGGAUCCAACUGAAGGACCGAACCGAGAACGGCGGCGGCUGCAGCGUUGCUACCUCACCAUACCAAACAAAUACCUGCUCAAAGACAGACGAAAACCAGAGGAAACAGUGAAGCCUCCUCUAUCCUUCCUGUUUGAGGACAAAACUCACUCCUUCUUCUCCUCUACUGUUAAAGACAAAGCCACCAGCGAGUCCAUCAGAUUCACCAGACGAUGCACCAGCGUCGCCCCGUCCAGAGAGACGGCGGGAGAGUUGCUUUUGGGAAAGUCUGGAAUGUACUUUGUGGAGGACAACGCCGCUGAUGCUCACGACAACCAAAUCCUUCAGGGUGAGACGGAGGCGCCGUCUUUCUCUUGGACGUACGAGGAAAUCAAGGAGGUGCACAAGCGAUGGUGGCAGCUGAGAGACAACGCAGUGGAGAUAUUUCUGACCAACGGCAGGACGUUGCUGUUAGCCUUCGACAACUCCAAGUUUCGGGAUGACGUCUACCACAACAUCCUGACCUCCGACCUUCCCAACCUGCUGGAGCACGGGAACAUUUCGGCGCUCACCCAGCUGUGGAGCUCCGGUCAGAUCACAAACUUCGAGUACCUGACGCACCUCAACAAACACGCGGGCCGCUCGUUCAACGACCUCAUGCAGUACCCGGUGUUUCCCUUCAUCCUCAGCGACUACGUCAGCGAAACCAUCGACCUGCAGGACACAAACAUCUACAGGAAUUUAAACAAACCCAUUGCAGUUCAGUCAAAAGAAAAAGAGGAUCGCUACGUUGAUAAUUACAGGUACCUGGAGGAAGAGUACAAAAAGGGGAUUCGUGAGGAUGACCCCAUGCCUCCAGUCCAGCCUUACCACUACGGCUCACACUACUCCAACAGCGGCACGGUUCUGCACUUCCUGGUCCGAAUGCCGCCGUUCACCAAGAUGUUCCUCGCCUACCAAGAUCAGAGCUUUGAUAUCCCGGACCGCACGUUUCACUCCAUGAACACGACGUGGCGUCUGUCCUCCUACGAGUCCAUGACUGACGUGAAGGAGCUCAUCCCAGAGUUUUUCUACCUCCCAGAGUUCCUGGUCAACAGGGAAGGUUUUGAUUUCGGGGUUCGUCAGAAUGGCGAGAGGGUGAAUCACGUGAAUUUACCUCCGUGGGCUCGCAACGACCCGCGCCUGUUCAUCCUGAUCCACCGGCAGGCCCUGGAGUCGGAGCACGUCUCCCAGACGCUGUGCCAGUGGAUCGACCUGGUGUUCGGGCUCAAGCAGAAAGGCAAAGCAGCGGUCCACGCCAUCAACGUCUUCCACCCCGCUACUUAUUUUGGCAUGGACGUAUCAGCUGUAGAAGACCCGGUUCAGCGGCGGGCGUUGGAGACGAUGAUCAAAACGUAUGGCCAGACGCCCAGGCAGCUUUUCAGCGCCACUCACAUCAGCAGAACCUCCCCAAAGCUCAUGAUGGAGGGAGAGCUCCCAGCAGCCAUGGGGCUCCUGGUUCAGCUCGCCUUCAGAGAGACGCGGGAACAUGUGAAGGAAAUCGUCUGCCCGAGCCCGCUGCCCUGGAUCAAAGGUCUGAAGUGGGGUGAGUAUGUUGGCUCGCCGUCUGCUCCGGACCCGGUGGUGUGUUUCAGUCAGCCACACGGAGAGCAGUUCGGAUCCCUGCUGGCCCUGCCCACCCGAGCCAUCUGCGGUCUGUCCCGCAGCUUCUGCCUCAUGAUGAUCUACAGCAAGGAGCAGGGUGUGCGCAGCAUGCACAGCACAGACAUCCAGUGGUCGGCCAUCUUGAGCUGGGGCUACGCCGACAACAUCCUGAGGCUGAAGAGCAAGCAGAGCGAGCCGCCCAUCAACUUCAUUCAGUGUUCACAGCUCCACCAGGUGACCAGCUGCGCCUGGGUUCCCGAUGGCUGCCAGCUAUUUACGGGCAGCAAGUGUGGAGUCAUCACCGCCUACAGCAACCGCUUCACCAGCACCACACCGUCAGAGAUGGAGGUGGAGUCUCAGGUUCACCUGUACGGACACACAGGAGAAGUCACCAGCCUGUUUGUGUGCAAACCCUACAGCAUCCUCAUUAGUGUCAGCAACGACGGCACCUGCAUCCUCUGGGACCUCAACAGACUCUGUUACGUUCAAAGCCUGACGGGUCACAAAAGUCCAGUGACGGCCGUCUCUGCGAGCGAAACCACAGGUGACAUCGCUACAGUCUGUAACUCUGAGGGUGGAGGCAGCGACCUCCGCUUGUGGACGGUGAACGGAGACCUGAUUGGUCACGUCCACUGCAGGGAGACCAUCUGCUCCGUGGCGUUCUCCAAUCAGCCGGAGGGGGUCUCCGUCAAUGUCAUCGCUGGCGGUCUGGAGAAUGGCGUCGUCAGAUUGUGGAGCACUUGGGAUUUGAAACCAGUCAGAGAAAUCACCUUCCCCAAGUCGAGCAAACCCAUCAUCAGCCUGACGUACUCGUGCGACGGCCACCACCUCUACACGGCCAACAGCGAGGGGACGGUGAUGGCCUGGUGCCGACGGGACCAGCAGCGCAUGAAGCUGCCCAUGUUCUACUCCUUCCUGAGCAGCUACGCGGCCGGCUGAGCGAGUCUGAUGUUUACCGCUGUCCACUUCCCAGCGAGAUCGCCUUUCUCCUCUCCCGCCUCCCUCUGCUCCUGUCUGCACUGACGGGGAGGAAAGGACGCACCAGCAUGGCGUCCGUCUCUCCGAACCCGCCCUGACUUUUAAUAACUCCAUUCCCAGCUGAGCAAAUGCUACCACACCCAGCAUUAAGAGAACAAGAUGAAGCGAGCGUUAUGUGUAAAUAGAUUUAUAUUUAUAAAGUAAAAUACUGGAGGAGUGGAUGAAUUUUCAGCUGCAACAGACACUUUUUCCUCCUCUUUCCCUUUUUUUUUUUUAACUCUGAUUCCUUCUGUUUUCCAUUUUAUUUCAUUUUUUUCGCUCUGUUGUAUUUGUUCCCGGGUACGCUGCUAUUGUCUGAGCAAAGCCGGAACCAAAAAGAGAGAAAAACUCCCCUCUACCCCCCACCACCCCACUCGUCUCUCGCCUCACUGCUGACAGAUUCCUGCCAGAGCUGGAGCGUGUCGUGCCGACGCCGCGGUUUCCUUUCUUUGUGCCCGACACCGGGAGGCGUCCCGCUCUGCGUGAGGCGGCUGUCGGCCCCGCUCUGGUCUGAACAGCGGUGUCACGGCCCGGCCCGCCUCGCUCUGCGGCCCGGCUCAGAGGAGGAACCGCAGGGGAGACAGGAUGCCAUGAAUUGCACCUUGUGCUGCCUGUUGUUCUGUACUACUUCUGCAUGCCAGGAUGAUGCUGACCUUAACUUUGUGAAUGCAGAGAUGACAUUUCCAGUCAUGAGCUCGCCGUCUUAAUGCCUACCUGGGCUGCUCAUGUCUUCUUGCGUUUAGUAAAUCUCAUAUUUAUGUAUUUAUUUAAAACUGAAGCUCAUGUUCCAUGUUUUUUUUUGUUGUUGUUGUUUUUUUGCUGGAUUUAACUGUUAAAAAAGCCACACUGCAAAAACACAACAGUAUUUAUGUCUGAUUUCAAACUCCAAUAACAGUACAAGCUCAAAUAAGUUUGCUUUAGAUAUAUAAUUCCUUAAUAUUGAUUUUUUUUUUAAAGUACAAGUUUCAGAUUAUUUUACUCAUGCAAAAGCAUUUUUACAUGUUAUAGGUAAAAAAAAAUCUGCCAGUAGAACUAGAAGGCAUUUACUGAAACGUUGAAAAGUUUGUACACUUGAAAUAAGACAAAAAUACUAUAUUUGCUCUAGAAACCAGAUGAAAAAUAUUUGGUAGGAUUUUGUGUUUUUGCAGUGUACUGUCAGGCCUUUGCUCUGAAACUCAAAGAGCAUUAAAUGCUUACGGAGAAGGACCAGAAUCUGAUCCGAUCCAAAACCGGGCCGGCAUGAGAUUAUCAUGAGAUGAUGACCUGGAAGAGAAAUAUCGAGAUUUUAUGGGUUUUAUAAGAAAGUAGAACAAAAAUAGCAUGAUUUAUUUACAUUUUAUUUAAAACAGUGAAGCUGCUGCUGCUAAAACUAAAAUAUUGCACAUUUCUAGAGAUACACCGAUCAGCCAACUAGAGAUUUGAAUCAGCUCUACUCCUCUUUUUUGUAUUUAUUAAAUGAAACUAAUCUGAGCAAUCUCAGUAUUUUUGGUUUACAAACUCCAAACAUUCAGAAGCUGAAUAAAAAUAUCAGUUAAUCUAGUAAUUAUGGUUCAUAACUGUGACCUCUAAGUAAAACCUUUUAUCUUUUUUUAUUUUAUACUUUAUUGUCCUUAACAAGAUCCAAAUUAAUAAUUUUUUUUUUGAGAUCUUAAAGCAGAAAAUUGGCAUCUUAGCCACAAAAAAACUAAGAAUAACAUCAACAUAAAGUUACUGUUUUGGUAGAACUGCAGAAUAAACCACCUGCUAAAUUUAACAGUAGUUUGGUGUCUAAACGUUUUGGAGUUAGUCAGGCUAUCAGCUCCUGUGUGUCCUGCUGAAAUGAGUUAGUGUAGAUAUAAGGGGCGUAGGAUGAUCCUCUGUUUGUUUUCACUCCACGACUGUUUGCGUUUUCUGUAAUAUCUCCAAUUUCUCUCUGAUCCUUUCAGUCAGCUGACUGGCAGUAUGCAGCAACAGGCAGGGGAGGGGAGGCGCUGUGUGGCUUUACUCUGCCAUCUUUUUCAGAUGUCUUUAAAACACAGGAACAGUAUGACUUAAAGUUAUUGCAUUAAUGUUUUUAAACCGUAACCCUGGUAGCAGUAAUUGGUCCUCGUUAGGCCCUUUUGAGUGUUAAUAAAAGCUUUUGGCUGAUUGCAGUUCAGUUGAAAGAUGAAGCUGAG